AUGAAGCCCCCGGCCGGCGGCAGCGGCAAGGGCGGCGCGGUGGAUCCCUCUCUGCCGCGGUUCAGGUGCCAGGAGUGCCGCAGCGCCCUCGUCGUCGUCGGGGUCGAAUCCUACGCCGACAGGCUGCCCGCACAUGCCGCGCCCGGUAAUCAUGCAUCUUCUGUUCAGGGCAGUGUUAUGGGUGCAAGCAAGAUGGACAAUUCUUAUGUUGUGCUAUCCAGGCAGAACAAAUCUCAGGGUCCUAGAAUUCCCCCACGCCCACCAAGUGCAGCAGCGGCACAUACUGAUCCCAGCCAACCAACAAGAGCGAUAGAGGGGUCAUAUAUAGUGCUUCCACCUCCUGCCGCUUCCAUAUACAAGACACCUGCCUCUGAAGGAGGUGGUGCGCAGCUCACAGCACCAGGUGUAAACUCCAGUAGCCCCUCGCAGGGAAACAAUUCCGGGUUUCACUCUAGUGUUACUGUGCUGAAAAGGGCUUUUGAGAUUGCUAGCUCGCAAACUCAGGUUGAACAGCCACUUUGUCUGGAAUGUAUGAGGGUUCUUUCUGAUAAGAUGGAUAAGGAGAUUGAAGAUGUUAAUGCUGAUAUUAAAUCUUAUGAGGCCUGUCUGCAACGUUUGGAGCAGGAACCCUACAACAUACUCAGUGAAGCAGAUUUUCAAAAGGACAAACAAAAGAUUGAGGAAGAGGAAAAGAAACUUAAAGCUGCUAUUGAAGAAGCUGAAAAGCAAUAUUCAGAAGUUAGUUCUGAGAUGAAAGAUCUUGAAAUAAAGUCUAAACAAUUUGAGGAAUUGGAAGAGCGGUACUGGCAUGAAUUCAACAGUUUUCAGUUUCAGUUGACAUCUCACCAGGAAGAAAGAGAUGCAGUUUUUGCCAAGAUAGAAGUUUCCCAGGUUCAUUUGGAACUGUUGAAGCGUACUAAUGUUCUCAAUGAUGCAUUCUAUAUUUCACAUGAUGGAGUAAUUGGAACAAUAAAUAACUUCCGCCUCGGACGCCUUUCCAAUGUAGAGGUUGAGUGGGAUGAGAUAAAUGCUGCUUGGGGUCAGGCUGCACUGCUGUUGCAUACCAUGGCUCAGUAUUUCACCCCAAAAUUCCAAUACCGAAUCAAGAUUCACCCUAUGGGAAGCUAUCCAAGAGUCACAGACAUCCACAAUAAUACAUAUGAACUGUUUGGUCCCGUGAAUUUGUUUUGGAGCACCCGAUUUGACAAAGCCAUGACAUGGUUUCUGACUUGCCUGCAAGAGUUUGCUGAGUUUGCCAUAAGUUUGGAUAAGGAGAACAAUGUUCCACCUGAAAAAUCACUGAAGCUUCCCUACAAGAUUGAUGGUGACAAAGUAGGGAGCCACACGAUCGUCCUAAGUUUCAAUAAGAAUGAAAACUGGACCAAGGCGCUGAAGUACAUGCUGUGCAAUCUGAAGUGGGUUCUCUACUGGUUUAUUGGCAACACAAGUUUUGCACCACCCUCGGGAUCACUGCACACACAAUCUCUGAAGAACAAGGGUUGA